UUUUUCUAAAGACAUGCUAGUUCACACACAAGGGAGUAGAGACAUUGGUCAGAGGACUACUGAAAGCCAGAGCUAACAAAGAAGCAGAAUGAGCACUGAGGGAAAAGUGAUUAAAUGCAAAGCUGCUGUAUUAUGGGGCCCGAAGCAACCCUUUUCUCUUGAGGAAGUGGAAGUUGCCCCACCAAAAGCUGAUGAAGUUCGAAUUAAGAUCGUGGCCACGGGGAUCUGUCGUACAGAUGACCAUGCGAUCACUGGAGCAAUGCCUGCUAGAUUUCCAGUAAUUGUGGGACAUGAAGCAGCUGGGAUUGUAGAGAGUAUUGGAGAAGGAGUCACUACUGUGAAACCAGGAGAUAAAGUCCUCCCACUCUGUCUGCCACAGUGUGGAAAAUGUCCCACAUGCAUGAAUCCUAAAGGCAAUUGGUGUGUGAAGACUGAUGUUACCGGUAAGGGAGUAUUGUCUGAUGGCACAAGCAGAUUUACCUGCAAAGGGAAGCCCGUAUACCACUACUUGACCACCAGUACCUUCUCUGAAUACACAGUGGUGGAGGAGAGUUCAGUGGCUAAAAUCGAUGCUGCUGCUCCCCUGGAGAAGGUGUGUUUAAUUGGCUGUGGAUUCUCCACCGGCUACGGGGCUGCAAUGAAAACUGCCCAGGUCACUCCUGGAUCUACCUGUGCUGUCUUUGGGCUGGGAGGAGUUGGUCUCUCAGUUAUUAUGGGCUGUAAAGCAGCUGGUGCUUCCAGGAUCAUUGGAAUUGAUCUUAACAAAGACAAAUUUGAUAAAGCCAAGUCUGUAGGAGCCACUGAGUGCAUCAACCCUAAGGACUACACAAAGCCCAUCAAUGAAGUACUGAGUGAAAUGACUAACAAUUCUGUCGGGUAUACCUUUGAAGUUGUUGGGCGCCUUGAAACCAUGAUUGAUGCCCUGGCUUCCUGCCAUAUGAGCUAUGGGACUAGUGUGGUGGUAGGAGCUCCUCCAUCAUCUAAAAUGCUCACCUACGAUCCCAUGCUGCUAUUCACUGGACGCACCUGGAAAGGAUGUGCUUUUGGAGGUUGGAAAAGCAGAGAUGAUCUCCCAAAACUAGUGUCUGAUUUUAUGGCAAAGAAAUUUGACUUGGACGAGUUAAUAACACAUGUUUUGCCUUUUAAUAAAAUCAAGGAAGGAUUUGACUUACUCUACAAAGGAGAAAGCAUUCGAACAGUGCUUCUGAUGUGAGCUCCAAAGAGGCAGGAGGUAUACGUGGAUCUAUCAGCAGCUGGCUCUUUGUCGUAUAUUUUGCUUUCCUAUAAUUAUGAUGGAAUAUGUGUGCAAUCUUAUAUGGGUUGAAUACAAAACAGAAAUUGAGUACCUUGGAAUAAAUAAAUUGUGAUUAA